CUUAGACUCCGCUGUCUGGAAAUGCCAGCUACUAUAUUUCGGGCCUGCUAUAUUUCUUUAUCUCGCUCAACUCCAUCUGUUUUGCAGAGAGCACCCAGAUACAAAACUAUCCAACAUCUACUAAGGAUUUGACGAGGGGCCACCAUAAUUUCCAUCUUUAGUGAGAGUCGCAUCUCAUCACCAAACACAAGAGUGACAGCAUUCAGCCAAAACGACAAUUCACUCCGAUCACCAUCUGGCUGUACAUUCACAGAAAAAGGGCAUCCUCAAUAAUAUGGAGACAGGCGACGGCUUCGACCCGAAUCUCCUCCUCUCCCUUACCCUGUCCGACUCCGAGCCUGAGGAGGCAGCAGCCCCUUCCACCACCGCCGCUACCAAGACAACAACGGAACACCAGCCCACCCGCGCCGAGCGCACCGCCCUCUCAGAAGAAACCUUCCAACGCCUCAAACAAACUUAUCGGCCCAAGAUUGAGAACGGCAAUAUCUACAAAACAAUACAACUCCCCACCUCGCCAUCACCGUCAUCAUCAUCAUCCAGUGGAGCCCAGCUAUCGAAACCAGAAGCCCAAGCGCUGCUGCACGCCACAGAAGAGCUGUACUUCUUCCGGCGGUACGCCGAGGCAGCGGCUUUCUUGCAGGAGGUCUUCGCUGCUACUGAUGUUGUCGCUGCUGCGGAGGGGGAGGACAAGGCGGAACAACGACUGAUCGAUGGUGAGACGGCGUGGCUGUUGCAGGAUUAUCAGCGUCGAUGUCUCGCUCGUCUGUCUUCGGAUGAGGAGACGCGUAAGCAGAACACUCAACAACGGGGACAGAAGGGGUUAUCUGAAUUCGUUAGUUAGGUGGGGAGAGAGGGACGGUUGGAUAAAAGAAAUGCGGAUUAGAAUGGGAGAAACAUGUAAAUGACUAACUUGAGCUCCGUACCGGGCCACGAAAGGAGUAGGUACCUUACGCUACCGGGGCCGUCUGUCGUCAUGGAGAAGACCCCCUAUUUGAAGAGUGUUGUUUUACGUUAUGGAUACCGUUAAAGUCAAUAUCUGGAAUUCCAAUAGCAGUGCCGAC